AUGACUGCGCUGACUAUGGUGACUCGCUCCCAGCAAUUCUACCCUGAUGAUAAGGAGAACCAGGAUAGCGAUGCCAGCUCCUCCGUCAGCGAGAUCUUCUCAGGCGGUGAAUCCGACAGCGACUCCAACAGCGACCUAGGUUAUGACAGCCAGGAUUCGGACGACGGAGAUGACGUUCCUGAUGAUUCCUCCGACGAUGGCCAGCUACCGCCAGAGUACUACUUGGCCCAAGCAGAGAGCCUGGACGUCUCUCAGCUUCGGCAGAAGCGGUACAGUGACAGCACCCAGGAAAGACUAGACGAGACUCGCAUGUACUGGAAUAGAUAUUGCCAGCACAUCGGCGCUAACGCAGUGCAGCAGUGGAAAAAUGUCUCAGACUCAGAUGAGACGGUCCGUUUCCUCUAUGCAUUUUUUGUCUGGCGGUGCGAUAUCCGUCGUGGCAAGAAUGGCCGACACUGCCCGGGUAUUCAAUACAAGAGCUCGCUCGAGUCGUUCUGGAAGUGGUGGCAUCUUGUUCUCAAACAAGAGACGGCGUCUGAGCUAAACAAAGAGACGAUUGUCAAGGUGCAAGAUGUGAUUGCCAUUAUCGCCGAAGAAAAAGGGCUAAGGCUCGACCGACGGCCGAAGAAGAACAUGUACAUCGAAGAUGUCGCCGAGUUUGCACGCGUCCUAUUGACUACUACUGAGAUGACAUUCGACUGUGGCUGGCAGCGCAUCCAACUUCUUUUCUACUGCCAGCUUGCUGCCAUCACGGCAAGCCGUCCAGGGGCGCUACUCCACUUAUGCUAUCGGGACAUAGGCCUGACACUGAUUCGAGAUCCGGAAGGUGGACGACCUCGACUAUUCAUUUUCUUGAAGCCUGACUUUACGAAGAAGUUUCUUGGAAAGAAGGCUGCGAAUGAGUUUAAGAUUCCUGAAAUCAUUUUUGAUCCAACACUGGUCCUUAGUCCGCACGUAUGCUUGCUUAGUAUGCUCUUUCACAUUAAAGGAUUCAAGACGGUUUCUACCACCGGACCGGUGCUGGAUUGCGCAGAGAAACUUUACAGCCUUGAAGUUCUGGAUGGUAAGGGACAGCAGGAGCUGAAACUGAAAGACGAAAUUCUGGACAAAUUUGUGUUUUGUCAGGUGGAACGGCAACCAACUGGAUAUCGAAUAGCCUUGGAGAAGAGACUUACGGAGUCCACUUUACGAUCCCGGAUGCGUCGAGCCGGCGAGAUCAUUGGCUUUGAUCAAGUCACUAGACCAUACCUCCUUCGAUACGCCGGUGCCAAAGAAUUUAACAAUAGUGAAGAGGUUACGGAUGCUCUUCAAAAUGUUAUUCUACAGCACUCAGAUAUCCGUACCUUUGUCCGACAUUAUGAAGUCGAUGUCGAUGUCGACGUGCAGGGUAUCAUUCGCAAAACGGGUUCUCAAACACCGUUGGUGCGAUUUGCUUGCUCUUUGAGUGCGUCGAUCGACCCUGAUCGACCAUAUAAGCUGUCUCACGAGGAAUCCAAAUCCCUCAAUGAGCUCCCUGUGGUUCGUGCGCGGCAGGAUACAGUAAACAAACGCAAGCGCAAAUGGGAGGACCACAAAGCCAAGUUAGAUCGCGCCAUGGCGGGAUGCCAAGCGGCCUUAGGCCACCUUGCUGAGGGAGAGCUGUUUGAGGUCCACCGUCAGCUGCGAGACAAGCUCGAGCGUUUUCAAGACCGGACGAUGGAAGCAAAGCGGAGAUAUAACAAAGCGGUCCGCGAACUGCGUAAUGAGAAGCAGCGCCAGCGGAACCGACGCACCCGGCUGAAUCUGGAGAAGUACAGGAACGAGCAACCGGUCAUCGACCUUGAGCGUCAACUGGCAGGGAAGCUGGUGGACACUAAGGUAAUGGGAGCUCUAGAGCACAAGGCCUCCCUGUCUUCACAGCAUCUGAUGGUGGUUGACACCAUCCUGACCAUGCCGGGUGCCACGCUUGAAGCGGAGUAUCAGCGUCGGAUCGACGCGAUUAAUGCGAUGACCGCGUUUUGCUCUGCGGAAGAGGGGCGGCCCACACCACGAGCAACUCAAUCUCGCCGCCUCUCUGCAUCUGAUGAUGACGAAUCUUGUCGUCCUGCCAAACGGCAACGGCACUCGGCGAUGGACGAUACCGAGAUUGUUCUGUACCAAGCGAUGGAAUCCGUGCGAGUCAGAUCUACAAAUGAGCAACUCGAGGGACUCGAAAGACCCAAGGCCAAACGCCCCACGAAAUGCUUUCUCUGUAUCGGAAAUCCUGAUCUCCCAUUAAAGGACCGGGUGAAGGACUACGCAACACCUGGAUCACUCACAAGGCAUUUUCGACGGAAGCAUGUAAAUCCCCCUUGGCCGGUUAAAGGGGUCGAGUGUAAUGUUUGUGGGAGUGAACUACUCCAACAGAAAAUUGAUCUUGUGAACCAUGCAGAGGCUGCCCAUGGCACAGUUGUGCGAGGUCGCGCUCAGGAAGGAUUAGCAUUGGAAUACCUACACAAAACUGGACUUGCGUCCGAUGGAUCCUAA